CUCGCCAACGAGACCGAUCGACGCGACGCACAUUGUGUGUACUCCAGUAACUCCAGUUGCGCCGUUCUCCAGCCAACUUCAGUGCCUUCCGAGCAGCUUGUUAUCUCUCUUUCUCUUUCUUUCUCUCUCGCGCGCUCUUUCUCUCUCUCUCUCUCUCUCUCUCUCUGUCACUUGGUGCGUGCGCGCGCGUUUGUGUGCGCGUGUGUGUGUGUGUGUGUGCGUUGCUCUGUCGUUGAUCGCGUUUACGUUUGCACCAGUUUUCGCCGCGAAAUGUCGUCCGGCAGCUGGGAGCUGGUCAGCAGGAAGAAGGACAGGAGCAACGACAAGUCGACCAAGCUGACGAAGGCCGAGAAGAAGAAGUUCAUCGAGAACGCGCCGAAGGUCGAGGACUUCUUGCCGUUAAGUCAAGUAAAGACCCUGUACGACAACCUGGAUGGAAACAAGGAGAAUAAGAAGCCUGCCAAGACGCAGGGAAAAGAGCAUAAGACAAAGGAGAAUGAGGAGAGGAAAAAGCAACAGCAGAAGCAGCAGCAGCAUGUUGAGAAGAAGAAACAAGAGCAACCACCAAAAGAGAAACCUCCAAAAACCAUUAAGGAUGCCCUGAACGCGAUUAAUCCGGAGGAGCUCGAUGAACUUCUGGCCACUGCGCAAGUAAGAUUUCCCGAGGCUCCCUUACUCUGGCUGAAGGAGCUCGAUGCCUUCCUCAACAUUAAAAUACCCAUCAUCAAGGAAGAUACGAUACUCUCAGGAAAAUACAAGGAUUACCCGUUAAGUUUAGUACCUAAGGCGAUCUCUUCCAUAUUGGAGCGAGCGGUGGAGAUGACCGGCCAGCAGACCAUACAAAUUUUUUACGAGAACACUCUCACGGCGAUGGCCACCGACAUGGUCAAGGGACUCCCCGUCGUCGGUCACAAGAUAUUUUUACAGCUGCUAGCGCAUUUAAAUCCCGAGAUGACCGCCGCCAACAUUCCCAAACUGAUCAACAUAAGGAACUCUUAUGAGAACAGAAAAAACGUUGGACUGUCCUUGUUGUGGGCUUGGUCGCAGGCCGGCCAGAAGAAUCUUGCGGUCGGCUUGAAGAUUUGGCACGAGGUAAUGUCACCGAUGCUGGAGACGAAGGGCUACGCCAACUACGUCGUGGAAAUCCUCAGCGAUCUCGUCUUCUGGCACGGCCAUGACAACGUCCACGAUCUCAGUCUGGAUCUGUACCUGAGCAUCAUCACGGAUAUCUAUUCUCAAAGGUUCCAAAACAUUGUAUCCACGAAUUUCGCCCUUGGAGCGAGUAUUGACAAGUUGAGAUCGAUACUGUUCAGGAACAAGGACAUAUGCUACACGAAAUUGUUUGAAAUGUUAAUGGGGAAAGUGUCGCAGAAAUCGGAUCCGAACUACAGGCACGAGUUGAUUGAGGCUCUCACGGACUGUCUUGUCACGGAACCUCUUUGCUUCACUAUUUGGAGUUCCAUUUACACCAAGCAUUUAUACCCGUCCAGUCUUCUUCUAUCAGAUAUUAGUUGUAAUUUUGAAGCUAGGUUAAAAACGCAGUUCAAAACUAAGCAUUUCAAAGAAACCCUCGCAACUAUCCAAAACAAUAGUGAAAAGUGGAAAAAGGCCAAAGACGAAAACCUGGCGCUCACAUGCAAGAAAACGUCUCAGGUACUACUGAAGAAAAUGACGUCCUCCAAAUCCAAACGCGGCUUUCCAUGGAGAUCUGCCAGUUUCUUUUUACUGCUGCUGAUCGGUGCGAUUGUAGCGUACGACACACAGAAACAUGGCUCUUUCGAGGCGUCCCAAGUUGGAAAGUUCUUGAAAACUAGCGGAAUAUUGACACAUGUAGAAAAGGCGUGGACUACUCUAAAGUUAUAUUGGUCUGCAGGACACAAAGCAAUUAAGGAUAGCUCGCCGGAAUAUUACAAAGCCGUUGUAGACUGGUGUACACCGUACAUUAAAUUAACUGGCGAUGUCUGCAUUGUAGUAAGAAAUAUUUCGAUUAAACAGUACAACAAUGUUGCGGCAUACGUCGAGAGGAAUGUACCUAUAGUUCGGGAUACGAUCGAGCAUUACGCCCCGGGGAUCUUGGAGCAAAUUAAAUCUCGAAGUAUUCAGGGAGUAGAGUUUGUGAAAGUUUCCUUCAUUAUGCUUGGAGAGAAAGUUGUUGAACAUUCCAACGCGUCGAUACAGUGGCUGGAGAAGAAUGUCUUUGUGGGCAAGCUCAGCCCGGAAAGUCUCCGCAAUUACGCCAUAUGGGCAUUCGAUACGACGCAGUCGUACGCCAUUCAAACGUACGACUGGGUGUACGAGAAAGUGCAGACCCUCUCCAAAGUGCCAUGAAUAAAAUCCAAUGGUUUUGUUGUAUGAAUAAUUAUUGCGUCGAUGAACGAAACCUUCGCCUCACCACGCGACACUCGGCAUUUAUUAUUUAUGACACGGAAGCGUUACAUACAUAUUUCCGAAGAUCACGAAUGCGUCGGCCAUUUUACCUGUGAUAUCUCGACGAGAAAAUCUAUAUCCUCUAUUUUGGUUGGCCCUGACGAGAAAAAUUUCGUGAUCUUAUAAAAAAAAAA